CCCACCGCUCUCGUCUAUUAAUAUUCGGCCCGCCCAUGAAUACUCGCUGUCCGAGCGCAAACGCGUGGGUCCUAAUUUCACGGUCGCAGAACAGUGCAUUUCAUCUGCUCGCCAUCCUGAGCUGUCCGCUUCGAACAUAUCUUGGCCUCGCCCGAGUGAGAUGAGGCAUGUUUGCCUGAUAGUUUAGGAGCCGGUACACCGUCAGUUUUGGAGCCUCUAGAAGGCCACGAGCAGUGUAACGAUGGAUUUUGCAACGCCCCAAGUCUUCGCUAAUGCCAAGGAUGAGCCUGAUGACGCCGACCCAAGAAUAGGCCAGAAACUGGAAAUCAAAAUGUGUGAAGCUCGGUACAAUUCGGACAGCACACGGAUUGCCUUGCACGCCGGGACUAAAAGAAAAGCUUGGGCUCCAGCAGAGGUGAAUCAAGAAUCAGCGCUUCUUGUCACGAGAUAUUACGGCCGUCUCGGCGAGCUUGAGUACACCGAGAUGGAAGUCAGAUCUCCUUACAUCAGGGCAGCUCUUCGGGCAGUCAUCAAGGAGUACCCUGGCUUAACUUUUGAUACCGGAAAGAUCCUCAUUCGAGACGAACUGAGGUGCAUUUUCCAUUAUCGCGAAGAACUUCGCGACUAUGGACUGCGUCUUUCCGACCAAACCGCGGCACAGCACCUCAUAUUCUUUCUGAACUACAUGUACAAUUCCUUGACCCGGGAGAUAUCCAGCUUCUAUACCUUCAUGGAAUCGCCAACAGCCGCUCCGGGCAUUGAGCAUGAAUUCCUAUGGAUGGCUUUCAAGCCCGGCAGCUUCAUCCUCCACUCGCGAAAGGGUAUCCAGCGUAUCCUGCGCUUCAGCUCCAUGAAGCUUGACUCCUUUUCAAGAUGGUGAGUCAAGGCGCAAAAGAUUGUGUACGAUGGAGAGAUAUUUGGAUUCGUUACGGAAACCAUCCUUAUACCUUGGUAUGAUGGAUAUAGACCUCUCCAAGAGCUCCGGGUCUACCCUCUUCACUAUCACCCACACCACUAUGUGAUCUACCAAUCGCUUCUCACAAGAGGUCGAAAGUAUGUCCAAUUAAGAGAGCAGAGCCAUCGAUAUUAUUCCGGGGUAGCGGAUUCCCUCUCUCCAAACCGUAUC